GUUCAGGCCGAGCAAGAAGACCUAUUCAAGCAGGCGGUUUAUAGAGAGAUAAGGCCAAUGCGCUCAACAGUCCGAGGCAAAGUAAUUGUAAGUGACAUUUAAUGGUUUAAACAGCAGCUAGAAACCAGUUGUUGAGAAAUUAAUUCCCUAGGAAAUGAUACUAGAUCAACGAGACAAUUACGUUCACUUGAAAAAUAUACAGAUUUUUGAGCGUUUUUUGAUCAUACGAUUUCUUUUUCUUUUUCUAAUAUUAUACAUGUCUAACUUUCAUAACAAUUAUUCCGUAUUUGUAAACAACAUAGCCGCAUUUUCUCGAAAGUAUAACUUCUAUUUAUGUACAAUCAUUUUUCUACUAUGACAUAUUGAAUUUAAAGCUAACAUUCAAGUGAAUAAUUUAGUGCAACAAUCCUUUUAUAUGUUUCGCAAAUUACGUAUGUUCUUACACUGAGAUGAAGAAAAUAUCGAGAUGACUCGAUUGCAGGACUCUAAGGCUAUAUUUUUCAAAAUGGGUGCAGCACCUAUCGGUGAAAUGUAUAUGAACGGUAGUGAAAAGGUGUACGUUGUGAGACAGAGGGACUUUUUCGGGCCCUUAAUCCCCCAAGAGAUCAAAGAACUUGUCCUAGCGAAAUACCGAGAGGACUUGUUCCUGAAAUGGUAUAACUAUUAA